AUUUCUUCAUAAACAACCAUACAGUUUCCUUGCUCUGUAUUUUUGCAGUUCUUAUUGUUCCGAUAUUAUCAUUCAAUUAUUCACAAGACAAGAAGCUUAGAAGCGGGGAGAGAAGAUGCAAUUUUCUCUACAAAUGGGACAUGUGAACUCUUGCUCCUCCGAGAAGUACUGGAAUCAAUAUGUGAAAGGCUCCCAGAAACCGGUGUUGGUUUACUUCUACCUCUCGUACAGUGGGCGCUCAGAACAAUUCUACACGGAUGUGGCCGAUCUUGCAAGGAAACACCCUAAUGUGAAUUUCUUCAAGGUGGAUGUUGAGUUAUUGAAGUCUAUUGCUAAAGCGUAUGAUGUGAACGGUACUGCUUGCGUGUUGCUGAUGCCAAAUGAAAACAAGGAGCUAGUGGUACGAGGAAAAUUUUCCAAAAUGGAUAAAGAGGAGUUGGAGAAGUUUCUAAAGAGCCAUCUGUAAUGUGAUCAAAUCUCAUCCCACGGCGGGGAUGUGUUGUGGGGGGCUGAUUUGAAUUCAUCUGUAAUGAUAGUCAUUGGUGUAUUUUUGUAAGAGAGAAAAAGAAAAAAGAGAAGAGAAAAAGAGAGAGAGAAAGAGAGAGAGACUUCACAUAGUAUUUAUAUCAUUAUAAUAAGUGGGUAUUGCAGGCCUAACAAAUAUAUUUAGUACUAUUGUUGAAUGGUGCUCACCUCUGUAUUGAUUUCAACCUUGUUAUUAAAAUGAUAUCUAUUAAAUGAAAAUUUA